ACUGCAUGGUCGUCUGGUGCCCCCGCCGCCUGCAUCGCCGCCGCCGCCGCCGCCCCGCGACGCCCACCGCCGCCUGCCCUGCCGCCGCCGCCUGCGCCGCCUCGGGACCGGCUGUAUGAUUAGGCCACAAUCUUCAAUGAGUAGACAUAUUCCUCAGUUCUGUGGUGUUCUCGGUCACACAUUUAUGGAGUUUCUGAAGGGCAGUGGAGAUUACUGCCAGGCACAGCACGACCUCUAUGCAGACAAGUGAACUGUAGAAAUUCAUUACUACUCCACCAAGAAGCCCCCAUAAGAGUGGAUACCUGGACACAGACGUGUUGAAUUGAAAUCUGCAGAGCAUUUUACAAGAGCUCAGACCUGGAUGGGGUAAACCUCAGUGCACUUCCUUUGUAUUGCCUCAGUAUUACUGGAUUGAAGAAUCACUGCUUCUUGUUAGGAGGUUCAUUUCAUUGCCCAUUUCUCCCAAUUUCAUACUCAAAGCACUGAGAAUUUCAAGUGGAGUAUAUUGAAUAUUGAAGUAGACUUCAGGUUGUUUUCUUUUUGUUUGUUUUUGAUUUUUUUUUUUGCAUCAUUUCUGUAUUCAAUUUUUUAAUUCUUUCGUAACCCUAUUGGGUGUUUUUUUAAACUAAAUUAACAUGGCUCGAAUGAACCGCCCUGCUCCUGUGGAAGUCACAUACAAGAACAUGAGAUUCCUUAUUACACACAAUCCAACCAAUGCGACCUUAAACAAAUUUAUAGAGGAACUUAAGAAGUAUGGAGUUACCACAAUAGUAAGAGUGUGUGAAGCAACUUACGACACUACUCUCGUGGAGAAAGAAGGCAUUCGUGUUCUUGACUGGCCUUUUGAUGAUGGCGCACCACCAUCCAACCAGAUUGUUGAUGACUGGUUAAGUCUUGUAAAGAUUAAGUUUCGUGAAGAACCUGGCUGCUGUAUUGCUGUCCAUUGUGUUGCAGGCCUUGGCAGAGCUCCAGUGCUUGUUGCCUUAGCAUUAAUUGAAGGUGGAAUGAAGUAUGAAGAUGCAGUACAGUUCAUAAGACAAAAGCGGCGUGGAGCUUUUAACAGCAAGCAACUUUUGUAUCUGGAGAAGUACCGUCCUAAGAUGCGGCUGCGCUUCAAGGAUUCCAAUGGUCAUAGAAACAACUGUUGUAUCCAAUAAAACUGGGGUGCCUGAUGCCAUUGCCUUGGAAGUGGAACUUCAGAUGGGACCUGAUUUGUCAUACAUAAUUAGCCAACGUGUUGGCUUAUUGAA